UCCUGGGGAAGGCGAACGGAAGUCAGAGGUCGCCUGCGGUGGGGAAGGCUCGGUGCUGGUUUUGCGAAGUGCUGAGGUGUUUGAUCUUCCACAAUGGGUGAACCACAACAAGUGAGUGCACUUCCUCCACCUCCUAUGCAGUACAUCAAGGAAUAUACUGAUGAAAAUAUUCAGGAAGGCCUGGCACCCAAGCCUCCGCCUCCAAUAAAAGACAGUUACAUGAUGUUUGGCAACCAGUUCCAGUGUGAUGAUCUCAUCAUCCGCCCUUUGGAAAGUCAGGGCAUUGAGCGACUUCAUCCUAUGCAGUUUGAUCACAAGAAGGAACUGAGAAAACUCAAUAUGUCUAUCCUUAUUAAUUUCUUGGACCUCUUAGAUAUCUUGAUCAGGAGCCCUGGAAGUAUAAAACGAGAAGAGAAGCUAGAAGACCUGAAGCUGCUUUUUGUGCAUGUGCAUCAUCUCAUAAAUGAAUACAGACCCCACCAAGCAAGAGAGACUUUGAGAGUCAUGAUGGAGGUCCAGAAACGACAACGGCUGGAAACAGCCGAGAGGUUUCAAAAGCAUCUGGAGCGAGUGAUCGAGAUGAUUCAGAAUUGCCUGGCUUCUUUGCCCGAUGAUCUGCCACGUUCAGAAGCAGGAAUAAAAGUGAAAGCUGAGCCCAUGGAUGCUGAGGAUAGCAACAAUUGUACUGGACAGAGUGAGCAACAAAGAGAGAAUUCAGGUCUUCGAAGGGACCAAAUUAUAGAAAAGGAUGCUGCCUUGUGUGUCCUGAUUGAUGAAAUGAAUGAAAGACCAUGACUGAUACUUGUUUUCUGUUUUCCCCUUUUGGUAAAUAGUGUUACACUAUUGGUUUAUUUUCUUUUGAACAGUCUUAAAAAGGAGUAACUGAAAGUGUAAAUGACUUUCUGACUCUCCAGUUUUUUCAAUUUUGAAAUGUCGUAGGCAGCAAUUUCAGUGUAUAACAAGUAUCCCUAAAUUAAGAAUAAUUACCUGAAAAAGAAAAUAUUUUCUACUGAUGGUUUGUUGGGCAUUCCCUGUUUUUGAAGUUAGAGUUUGGCGGUGUCCUCAGUUAAUAGCAAAGUUUCCAUCCUUGGAAAGUAGAUUUACUGAUUUGCUUCAAGAAUGAUAAAUAAAAACUCUGAAGCUAUACAAAUGUGAACAAAUUUCUAAAAAGUUUACUUAAUCUGCAAAAAGUAGAAUAGCAUAUUGAAAGAGAGAAACUGUAGUUUUAAAGCAGAAGCUUUAUUUUUUGUUAUGAUUCUUGUAAAGUCACUACCUCAGCAAACUCUUUUCCUUAGCUUGAAUGGAACCUUAGUGAGUUCCAUAAAUUAUCUUCACUACUCACUUGGGUAAAUGUGUCUGGCCAACUUAAGAUAACAGAAUGUGGUAAUUAAGAUGACUGAAUUACACAUUUGCUGUAAAGCAAAUACAUGUUUUAAGGCUGGAAUACUGUAGUGGAAGAAGGGUUUGGUGGCAAAGACUGCCAGAUAUCUACCAAAGAUUCUGAGUUAGGUUGUUGAGGUGUUCUGUCUAGCCAGCAGCCUCAUUUUCCUUCUGCUCUGCAGCUGUGUGAGGCCAUGUGACUUUUAAGUUCUGGGCAAGGCAGUUUUUGUCACAUAACAAUUUCUUGGGUGAUUUUCUGUUUUCUUGUCUACUAGUUGGGUGCCUACACCUACCUACCCAUGCGAGACUUGAUAACAGAUUGUAAGAUUAGGUCCUCCUUCAUUAAUUCUGUUCUUGCUUCCACGGGUAAUUUGACUUAAGGUGAAAAGAAAAUAAACAUGUUUUGAGUAGUGAGAUUUUAUAUCUGUACUUUCUCCCGCCAGCCCACACUCAGCAUCUGCUCUUGGGAGAGUUGCUUUGAAUGAGUGUCAGCCUGCUUGGCUGUAAGCUAGAGUCCAUAUGAAAUGACAGCAUUAGAGAGAGGCAGCAUUGGAAUCACUUUGCAGUUUGUUAGAAAUGUAACUUCUCCGACCCUACCUUCAACUUUCUGAACCAGAAACUUGCUGUGGCACCAGGCCCGGCAAGCUGUACCUUAAACCCCGGUCCAGUUCUCCGCGCUCAAGAUGUUCUUCUGUAGAGGCAGAGAGAAUGCCUUUUCCUGGAUGGUGUGCUUUUCAUUUCUCUCUCUCUUCCUGGUUUCUAGUAGAGGGAUUGCCCCAUUAAGGAUUCAUUAACUCUGGAUCUGGCAAAGUUCACUUUAAAACGACUGACAGCUUCGCUCUGUGAAAUAUGCACCUUUUGCUACACUUGUUGGGAGUUAAGUUUGUUUCCAAGUAACACGUCUGCUAGACAAGCUAAUUAGCCAGUCUCAACCUUAGCCUGUUUAUCACUGAAAUAUGGAGUAGAACUUGACUCCAGGGACUCCAAAGGGUGUGCUCCUAUGGCUUUCUAUUCCCUAGUUGGAAAGCAAGAUGGAAAUUGUCCUUGAACCAAAAUGCCUAUGGACUUUUUGUUUUUUUAACUACAGCCUUGAGGUUGUUAGGCAAAGAUACACAACCACUUUGGGGCUAGUUUAAAAAUCGUAGCAUGGGUGAAAUGGAAUCAUGCAACAUUGUUGAGUCACAACAGUUGCUUAUAGGUGACUACCUGUGUAUCUUGAGGGGAGAGGUGUUGGGAUUGAGAUGACCUAGACCAGGACUCAUCUAGAAGUUCUAUGUAGCCAGACCUGACAACCUAAUUCUUGCUGUUAUAGUGAAAUGAAGCACUAGUGAUUUGUUCUCGGAAUUUAAAAAAAGUAUUAUACAUGGACUUUGAAUCUUCUAAAAUUAAAAUACUUCUAUGCA